GGAGCUUGUGUGUGUGCCCUCCUUUCUCCUCCCCCUCCUCGCUCCGUUGGGAGAGAAGAAAAUAAACCUCUUGGUGCUAACUAGGCUUGUCAUGGAACCAAAUCCAAUAUACCCGUUCUGCCCCCUGUGACUGACCAAGAGGUGCUUCCCCUGUAUGCAGCAUCUCGACCCGGGAGAAAAACAUCGGAACCGUUUGGAUAUUCGGACUGUGUCUUUUUUAAAAGUCAAGUUGAAGACGCCGGCCACUGACGGCAGGGGUUUUCAUUAGCUAGCCUAUAUGCGAGUUAGCUAACCGGGCUAACCAUAGCCUAGCAAAGGAGCACCGAAUGAACUUCGCAUAGAAUGACUGCUGCGACUGGAAAGGUAGCCUGCUGAUUGACUUCAAUCUUUCUGUUGGUUUGGGACCUUCACAUGGGAGUCUGUUAUUACUUAAUGGACAAUAUCACCUCGGAGCUUGAAGGCAAUAACUGCAAAUGUUUUUAUGGCGUUCGCCAUCACGUUAUUGAUCUUGAAAUCCAGUGCCAAGCUAACAGGAUAUUAGCCACCUUUCUCGAGACUGCGCUUUGUGGUUGCAGGCCAUGUACCCAAAAGCAUGUGUCACUGACUGAGCGAUGACAAGACUGGCUUGAUGGCAGGUCAUCUUUUAUUGGGAAGCAGCCACGGAAUACAACUAAACCGACAACAGAAGCGUUUGAUUUGAGCCUUGUCCCCGAACAAUUGAACUACAGGCUGGUCUUUUAUUUGGAAAUGCAGUGCAGUGCUGGAGCUUUUUCGAAAUUGGGAUAAAAGAGACGUGCAAAAAGUAUCUAAGUAAUCCAGGAACAUAAAUCCAGGGAGUUAACAAAGAGGCGAAAUAUAAUGUCUGCCGCAAAGGAAACCCCCUGUAGGAAGUUUCAGGCGAAUUUCUUCAAUAAAAGUAAAUGUCAAAACUGCUUCAAACCACGGGAGUUGCAUCUGUUGACGGACCAGGACUUGACCCAGGCUAAACCUAUUUAUGGUGGAUGGCUGUGCUUGGCCCCCGAGGGAACUGACUUUGACAAUCCUCUGCAGAGAUCCCGGAAAUGGCAACGCAGAUUCUUUGUGCUGUAUGAACAUGGCUGUCUGCGCUUUGCCCUGGACGAAUCACCAAGCACACUGCCUCAGGGCACAGUGAAUAUGAACCUCUGUGCGGAUGUAAUAGACGCCGAGCCCAAGACGGGUCAGAAGAACUCCCUGUGCAUCAUCACCCCAGACCAGGAGUACUUCAUCAGAGGAGAGAAUAAAGAGAUCAUCAAUGGGUGGAGUGAACAGCUGGUGGUAUACCCCAGAACCAACAAACAAAACCAGAAAAAGAAACGCAAAGUGGAGCCGGCAACCUCUCAGGAGCCAGGUCCAGCCAAGGUAGCAGUGACUGGCUCUGGUAUCCCAGAGGCGGAGAAGGUUCCGGACUCGAGCUCCAUCAUCUGGCAGGAGGAGCUGAACCAGAGGGAGGCUGAGGGGGGUGCUGUCUGGGCCCCCGCUGACUUGCCUUCAGGAUCACCAUUGCCCCCUGCAGCUGACUGUGCACUACAGGUCUCUGACUCCGGCUCAAUGAAUGGUGAUGAGGUGGACCGAAGCAGCAUGGCCCUGCAUGGCUCUGUGCCCCGGCCCCCCAGCGACCUGCUCUCCCCGACAGGCUCGUGCUCCAGCCUGGGUGGUGUCCCACGCUGUCUCUCCCCAGCACCCAGUGACCCCUUCCCCUCUGGCAGCUCCCUGCUCUCUAAUGGCUCCCACAUCAGCGGCUCAGUCAGCUCUCUGGACUCAGACGCCAGUGGCAGCACCGUGACCAGCACCGACAGCCACCCGACCAACCAGAAGGGCAGCCACUCCCACAGCCACCACGACAUGUCCCGAUCCCGAAGGCUGGAAGCAGAGGCAAGAAAGGCUGAGAAGAGGAGCCGUUUUAGGAGCCCUGACAGGCAGGAGAGAGACGCUGUCCUCAGCCCAGAGAGAAGUCGCUCCGGUGUUAUUGAGAAGUUAGAGGCCUUGGAGCUGGAGAAUCAAGAGAAGAUGGAGGUGGAACAGUCUGGGAGGAGUGGAGGCCGACAGGGCAGAAGUGAGCACAGACGCUUCCAUAGAGAGGAGCAGAGACAUAACAUGGGUCAGGAUCUGAAUUUUCCCUCCACCCUGCCACCUCUGAGGAGAGCCAAGUCUUUGGACAGAAGGACAACUGAGUCGGUCAUGACGCCAGAUUUACUGAACUUCAAGAAAGGUUGGAUGGUGAAGCUGGAUGAGCAAGGCCAGUGGAAGAAAUACUGGUUUGUUUUGACGGAUCACAGCCUGAGAUACUACAGGGACUCCAUUGCAGAGGAGGCCUCUGACCUGGAUGGUGAGAUUGACCUGUCCACCUGCUACAAUGUAACUGAAUACCAGGCUCAACGCAACUAUGGUUUCCAAAUACAUACCCAGGAAGGAGUGCACACUCUGUCGGCCAUGACAGCAGGUAUACGUAGGAACUGGAUCCAGGCAGUCAUAAAGAAUGUCAGACCCUCAGCUGCCCCUGAUGUGGCAAGCUCAACUGAGGAUCAAGGCUCUUUUUCUCCAAUGGAGGGUCUGGUUAGGCCAGAUGUCACCCAGGACUCUCCCUCCUCUGAGGCCUCAUCUGUGGAGCGAGAAUCCACUGCGGGUGUCACAAAGAGCCGGGCCCGUGAACGCAGAAGAGAAGGUCGCUCUAAGACCUUCGACUGGGCAGAGUUCAGACCCAUUGCUCAGGCUCUGGCUCAGCAGCGGGCACAAGAGGCCGAGAGCUUCCAGGCAGACCUGGGAGAGUUGGAGCGCAGUCGGAGAAGAGAGGAGAGGCGGAAGAGGUAUGAGUCUGUCACCAGCUCAUCGGCAGAGCAAACAUUCAUUAAAGAAGGAGGGAGAACAGGCUAUGACAGUGGAGAGGGAGUUAGAGAGAUGGAUUCACUAAUUCCCUCAUCAUUGGAAAGGCAACAGAGGGUGGAGGAGGUGAUUGAACAACACUGGCAACAAGUGGAGAAGACACCCAUACGAGAGGAGAGGAGGGUGCCUCUGGCUUCCACAGUGCCAUCCAGAGAGACUGUGGAGCUGGAGCAGCUACUGGAGAACUACAAGCAAGGGAUCGAGGACCUGAAGGCACAGCUGGAGAGCUGUCACCAGCAGCUUCUUGACUCGAACAAGCACAAGCAGGAACUGGAGCUCCAGCUGAGAACCGCUCUGGAAAGAGAGCAUGAUGUCCGCACAGGUUACAUCUCUCCGCUGGAGCACCCUUUGGGUCUGGAGGCUGAUGUGAUGCCCCAGAUGAAGAGGCCCGAACUGGUUAGUUCUCAAGCACAAAGUUUAACAAAGAAGUACCUGGAGACCAAAGAGCUCCUGAAGCUGCAAGAGCUGAAAAAGCGCAAUAUGCAGGCACAGCUUGGCCUCUCCCUUUCUCACCUCCCCAUCAAGCAACCUUACUUCUCUGACACCCCCAAACCAUCCAUUCUGGAAGUCCCUCCCCCUGAACCUGUCCAAAAAACAGUUAGCUUCUUGCUCCAGGACAGCACAGAGGCAAUUCAAGAACUAGAGGACUUAAUAACUGAUAAACCUCUGUCUCUUAAGGAGCUGUCAAAAUUGUUAAGAUUCUAUAGUUGCAAUCAAGAGACAGUAGAGAAACGUCAACUUCAGAAACUCUUGGAGACCUGGAAGUACCAGCAGGAAAUAGAAAAUGAAACAUUAAAAAAGAGUUUAGCAAGAGCAGGAGAGAGUAUCCUUGAGUAUGAGACCCGUCUUCUAACCAUGGAGGAUUUCGUGGGGAAGGUUCAGAAACAAAGGUUUGAAGGCCUAAAAAGCCCCUACGGCCCCCUCUCAGAAAUUAAAAACCAUUCUGAGACAAAGGAGAUUUCGAUUGGAAUGCUCUCUCAGAGGGUUGAACUGUUAACUAGUGAAAAUGAGGCAUUGAAACAGCGUUGUCAGGAGAUAGUGAACCAGCUGACUGAGGCUGACAGAGAGAUAGACAGACUGAAAGCAGAGCUGAUUGGCCAGCAGGGAGGCAAACAGCUUCAUGUGCUCAUGGAAGAACUGAAAAGAGUGAAGGCUGAACUUGCUGAAAACCAGGCAAAUGCUAUAGACAGGGAGUAUUAUGAGAGGGAGCUGAAUGAGAAAUCCUUGAGGCUUCAUGAAGCUCUGGUUACACUAGAGGAGUUUGGUGUCACUCUUAAAGACACAGAGAAGAAGCUGCAGUUGAAAGAAGCCAUACUGAAAGCUCUGGGCUUUCACACAGACUAUGAGGACAAGAAGUUGCACCUGGAGAAAGAGCAGCAUAAAGAGUUACUGGAAACCUCACAAUCCAAGUUAUUUGAGACAGAUGCAAACCUUAGGUCUACAGAGCAGUGCCAUUUGGAACUUGAAGCCAGGAACAGUCAACUAAUCACACUAAACCAGGAAUCUGACAGAGUCAGUAGAGAGAAGCUAAAAGAAGUAGAAAGCGAAAUAAGAAUGCUACAAGAGAAGUUAGAAAUGAAGACAGGUAGAGGUAAAAAGACAGAUGGGAAGUAUGUUAAAACAGGAGAGAAACAGGUUGAUGAUAAAGGACACAUAAAGCAAGUAGUAGAAGAGAUAGAGAUGGAGUCUGAGGCAAUUAAUCAGGUUUUAAAAAUGUUAGCAAAGGUAGAUAUUAAUGUAGAAAAUAUGCUCAGUGAUUUAAAAAGCACUUUAUUUGGUUGUUGGAAAAAAGAGCCACUCUGUGUGAGUCAGACAGACAUGAGGUCAGUCAUAGAGGGAGAGUUCUGGAGCCAGCUGUUGGGUACAUCCAAAAUCAAAGCAGAUCAAAACAAACAUAGCUGGGAAAGAGGUGUGGCAGAACAGAUGAUGGCACAGAAGUGCUUGAUGCUCUUGAUUAGGAGGAUUUAUCCACGAGUGAAAGCUGAGAGUGAGGCAGUGACAGAGCAAGAUUUUGUAGCCAUGUACAGAUGGCUUGAUAAUGAAACUAAUGCUCUGAUUCUUAAAGAGUUGACAGAGACCUUGGAGGCAAAGUCAGAUAUUUUGAGGGAGAUUGCAUCCAGUUUGAAGUUUGCCAAAGAUGAGCAGCUUGUGUCUUUGGCUCUAACAAGCUUUGAUUUUGGUCGACAACAGAAAGAGUCCUCUGAAUAUCUGGUUGAUGCCCUUAAAGAAGCCUUGGUGUCUUAUGUGUUCACUAGGCUGAAUGUCCAACAUGAGAAAAAACUAAAGCAAAUGCUUACAGAAGUUGAGUGUGGAAGUUUGGAUUGUCCAAAUUGUCCUAAAUUGAGAGAAGCCACCAGAGAUCUGGAGUCCAGACUGGCAGAUCUUCAGAGUCAACUAUCUGAGGCUUCUGUGAAAACCACCACAGGGCCACAAACGUUGUUUCAGAUAGAAGGGCAGUCCCUAGACUCAUUAGAUAAAUACAUUCAGCAUGAUGAUAUGAUAGCCAGGCAUAGAAAGGAACUACAAGAGGUCAAAGACAGCUACGAGCAGGAAGCUGAAAAGCUGAGGCAGGAAAUUGCCAAGGCCAGUGAGACACUGCGUGUCCGUUCAGAAGAAAAUGUAAAAGAGAUUGAUUCACUGACAAACUGCAUGGAGACCCUGAAAACGAAGCACCAGAUGGAGAGGAAAAACCUGGUGGAUAAGUUUGAUCGGGAAAUGGAAGAGCUGAGAAGCAUGGUGAGUCCUGCAAAUCCAAACAAGACGUUGACAGAAGAGGACAGACAGCUGCUUCGCUCCCCGGCCCAAACAUCCACCCUGAAGGAGCGCAUUCAAGAGCUGCUGAGCCAAGUCUCAGUCAUGACGCAAGAGAUGAGACGACGUGAAGAGCAGGACAUUACAACUCUACGGCUGAAAUAUGAGAAAGACCUGGAAAACCUCAAGGCCACCUGUGAGAGGGGCUUUGCUGCAAUGGAGGAGUCCCAUCAGAAAGUGAUAGAUGAGCUGCAGAGGAAGCACCAGAGAGAGCUGGAGAACCUGAAGGAGGAGAAAGAGCGGCUCCUGGCAGAGGAGACAGCAGCCACCAUCGCUGCAAUUGAAGCAAUGAAAAACGCGCAUCGGACAGAGCUGGAGAAGGAGCUGGACAAGGCUCGCAAGACCAACAGCAACACAGAAAACGCAGACAUAGAAGAGAUUCGGAGACAGCAUGAGGAGGAGCUGUGUUCAUUUCAGCGGGAGAUUGAGGUGUUGUCGGAGCAGUAUUCCCAGAAGUGCCUGGAAAACGCCCACCUGGCCCAGGCACUGGAGGCCGAGAGGCAGGCCCUCAGGCAGUGCCAGAGAGAGAACCAGGAGCUCAAUGCACACAACCAGGAGCUGAACAACCGUCUGGCAGCAGAGAUCACCAAGAUGCGCUCCAUGACAUCCGAGGAUGGAGUAGGAGACACAAAUGCCACAAUACAAGGAAAAGAGAUCUACGAGUUAGAAGUGAUGCUGAGGGUGAAGGAGUCAGAGGUCCAGUACCUAAAGCAGGAAAUCAAUUCCUUGAAAGACGAACUCCAAGCUGCCCAAAGAGACAAGAAAUAUGCAACAGAUAAGUACAAGGACAUCUACACAGAGCUGAGCAUUGUGAAGGCCAAAGCGGAGCGGGAUCUGGGCCGGCUCAGAGACCAGCUGCAGCUGGCUCAUGAUGCACUUGGGGAGCCGUCGCUGGAGGAGGUGGAGCGAGGAGGAUAUGAUAUCAUGAAGUCCAAAAGCAACCCUGACAUCCUCAAGCUGGCAGCUGCUGCAACCAAACGCUCAGAGCGCACCAUGAGGUCAAAGAGUCUAAAGGAAGGGCUGACCGCGGAGCAGAGACUCCACCUGUUUGAUAACAAAGACACCAAGCAGUUCUGACAGUGACGCAUCAUGUCUACUAACCUGCAUGUUUAGAAGCUCACUAUAUUUUAGCUCUGUAAUGACUUAUUAGUAACACUACACACUGGUCACAAAACACAGAUCAUAUUAUUAAUAAAAAACAAGGUAUGAAGUUGGAAUUUCAUGUCUAGAUUUUGCAUUCCAUGCACUUCAGUUAACUGUGACAUUUUUUUGUAUUGUUAAUUUUUUGCUGCCAUGUCUUACUGUAAAUACUGUUUUAAUUGAGCAUCUGUCGUGCAUACACUAAAACUAUGACUGUGUAAGCUACUGUUUUAACUCCCAAGACUCUUACUAGCCAAAGGCAUAAAUGUGAUGUUCAAAGGCUAAAGACAACUUCAUAUUAAUGACUGAGUAAUACUUCAUAAUAAAACCAUAGGAGUAAGUGUGGCGUUAAGGUCUGCACGCAACGCCCCACCACUGUAAUGCUUGUCUGCAUUCUGCAUUAUCAUAUGACAGCUGAAUGCAUAUGGAUGGGAUUCACAGACUUUGUGUGUGUGUGUGUGUGUGUGUGUGUGUGUGUGUGUGUGUGUGUGUGUGUGUGUGUGUUAAAAAUGGAAAUUUAUGUACUCACUGCAAUCAUUGGUCCAGCUGUAUAGGAGCUGUUGGAGUUGGUUAUGUGCAGUCUUGGUUAAUUUGCAGUCCCUUUGUAUUUAUUAAAAUGAUUGGGAUUUUUCUUUCACGUUCCCAUUCCUCUGUACUCUAUUAUUGUAAAUAUAAAGCAACUAUAUGCCAACUGACAACAGGUUUAUUAGCAAUAAAUAUUUUUGCACCCUU